GAGUAAAUUUUCCCACGAGAGACUAACUGCUGCUGUGUGAAUAUUCACCGUGUUUGAACGAUCCGUCUUGUUCGAGGAGGGAGACUGAUCACCGGCGUGGAUUGCUGGAAAAUUUUCUGGAAAACUGAAAUCAAGUUUUCCAUCACAGGUCUUCACCUUGAAUGCAGGCGAGCCACGUUUGACUCGCAGGAGGGGGAUCUGGCGUCAAAUCAAGCCAAGUUCCACUGACUUGCUUUGUGCGACUCAGUAUCCUUGUGAUUCCGUUAUUCCAUGACCAGCCGGGCAGAUUGGAUAUGGAAGUAUGGACCAAGACUAUGCUGGACUAACUGAGGCUUUCAAGGAGUAGAAGACACAGAAGAUCUCUGGGAUCAGUGGAGAUGGAUGAUGAGGAUAUUUGUGGUCUCAAGGACAGAGGAAAGGUCAACACAAACACAGUAUGGCAAUGGCGAAUUUUGCAUGCAGAGAAAUAUUCAACACAUCCAGAUCCAUUCUUUUACAGUAACAAAAUUGGACUGAAUUUUAAUGUUGCCUCCAGCUCUCACCCAAAACUGAAUUCACCAUUUGUGCCAAAUGGCGUCAUACUUGAGGUGUGUGAAUUUGCUCGAACAAUCAUCAAGAGUCGCAUGCACUUCAUCCCAAACAUUCUGGAAAACAAUUUUGAUCUUGGUUUUGAGAAUGAUCAACAGCGGAUGGAUUUCACUGCUCAAAUUCAGCACAAGCUGGAAGACUUGGUCCGAAAACCUGUCACAGAUGAAAAUGAAGUUUUUGCUCUUUUCGACACUUGGAAGACAGAAUGUAGCAAUAAUGGACUGAACAAGGCAACAAGGACACACAAACCUCAGAGUUUCUUCAUGGAAAUUGAGAAUAUAAGUGAACUUGAACAAUUAUUGAAAUGUUCCUUAGAAAAAGAGACAGAAGAAAUAUCAGCAUCACACACUGAUGGCGGUGAUCAGAAAGAUAACACUGAUUGUUCAGGAAGAGAAAUGAAAGAAGUCGUCAGUGAGGACAUUCGUUUGUUGUUGUUCACUUCUUGUGAAAACAUUGGUUUGAAGCUUGGCACGGGGACUAAACAAAGUCUUGAUCCAGGCUUGUUAACAGAGAGUGUGAUGUUUGAGUUGGUGGAUUUUGCUCGAGUCUUGACUGCCUCCUUCACCUCCAUUGUCGUCAGUGUGUUGGAGCAUAAUUUUGAGCUUGAUCUGAAAAGUCAAGAGAGAAGGAAUGAAGUGUGGUUAUUGAUAUCACAGAUGCUAAAAAAGGGGAAACAAAUGGUCGCUAGUAACACAAACUUUAUCCCAGAGUUUGAAAAUGAGCUGUUUUUCUUUGAGAGAAACCCAUUAAAGAGAGCCUACGUACCAGCACUGUCGACAGUGGAAACCCUUCUGUCAGAAGAGACAAAGAGACAAAAGCUGGAUUUCAGUACUUCUCAGGAAAAGAUGCCUCCUUCAGUCACAAAGUGCAUCAUGAGGAAGGACCACGGACAACUGGAUGAAAAUGAAUUCAUUGUGCAAGAAAGUGAAACAGAAGACGAGACCCUCCAAAAUAUUCCAAACAAAUCUGACAUGAACCAUGAGGAAAUGGAAGCAGAGACCAACAUGUGGAAGUUUCGUUCCAAUUAUGCGAAAAAAAUCCUACUUGCGCUCGACAACAAGCUUUGCUUAGACCGGCGAGGUGGAACAUUGGAGUUUGAUAUUGGAUGUAGGCCCCCCAGAAACGCCAGUCCAAAACAGUUGACAUCUUCUGUUCUGUACAAAGUUGUUCAUUUUGCAUUAGCAAUGAGUUCAUCCCAGCAGAAUGUCCUUGUGGAUAUUCUAGAAUACAACUUUAAUUUAGGCCUGCAGAGUGAACACCAGAAAAUGACGUUUGCACGUGAAGUCAUGAAAAGAGUACAGGAAUUAUUAGCCCGCGAUGACAGAGAUAACAUUUUGAAAGAGGUGUUUGUUUUGCCAGGUUCUCUGUCAUUCAGUCAUGUGAAGUGUGAGAGUGAUGACAGUGUUGAUUCUGAACCUGAAACUUCACAGACAGCUUCAGACCUUUAUCCAUUCUGCAAGAAGAUUGGUUUGAAGCUCAAUGUGAGUUUCUGUCACCCAGAUAAAAAGCUUGAACUCAACAAACUGACCAACGGAGCAGUGAUUGAGGUUGUAAACUUUGCAGAAAAAUUGUGUGGAAGCUACGAGCAGAUUUGUGUUGAUGUCCUGCGGCACAACUUUGAUCUUGAUUUCCAAAUUUCAGAUUCUGAUCUUGCUCAAAAUAUUCUUUCACAGGUUCCUUUUGCCAUUGAGGAAACUAAUCUUCGAUGUUUUUUCAAAAAAACUCAGCUUGCAACCAGAAUCAACUUAAAUGUCGUGGACUCUCAGAGGAACACAUCUUCACAAACAUGUACUAUGAGUUCAGUGAAAGCAGAGAUGAACCAGAGUGCAAGUCAACCCGGUGACGUUGAAGCACAAAAUGAUCCAGAGUUGCUGUUGUGGAAACUACGAGCCAACCGAGUUCAGCAAAUCCUCUCAGUGCCCCACAAAGACCAGUGUCCACUUUACUCUUACAGCAGAUGUAAGACAUUAGGCAUUGAGUUUGAUGUAGGAUCUGGAUUGAAACGUCAUCUUGAUCCAAAACUGUUGACCAAUGGCAUCAUGUGUGAAAUUAUAUCUCUUGCCACGAAACUUAGGUCAUCCACAAUGGAUUUCAUGACAGAGAUUUUGGAGUACAAUUUCAAUCUGCAAUUCAACAAUGUGCUUCACCGUAAAGCUUUUGCAAAUACACUUAAUCGGAGAAUCAAUGAGAUGAAUCGGAUGAAACCCUCAGUCAUGCAACUGAAACCCCUGUUUGAGCUGCCAGAUGAGAGAUUCAUUCAUGAAGUUGAACCGUUUCUUUUCAAAGGUCUAAAAAGUGGUUACCUUUGUCCUGCCAAUUGUUCCCGUACCACGACGAAUGUUGCUUCUGCUGAUGCAAACCACGAGGAAAAGAAGUCUGCAGUUGCUCCAUUGUCCACUUUCCCAGCAACAGAGGUGAUAACAAAGCAAUACCGUCACUCCAAGAAAGCAGGUUUCAGCCUGUGUGUGGAUAACGCUCACCCAAAGGUUAAACUGGACAAACAACUACUGACAUGUACAGUCAUGCGGGAUGUGUACAGCUUUUCUAAGAAACUUUGUGGAUCAAAGUUAAAAAUUAUAAAGGAUAUCCUUGAACACAACUUCGACUUGGACCAUCAGAGUCAUGUGGAAAAUCUCGCGAUUAAUUUUUUUAGCAAACUCAGGUUAUAUAGUGGAGAGCCUCACUGGUUUAAUGAAGUCUUUGAUAUCACGCCCAAGCCAAGAGAAUUUAAACAGAAAGAACAACAUCCUGUGCUAAGUAGUGAAAGAAGGGAAUCAUCUCAAAGAAGGAAACAGGAUAUGGAAAAAGCGAAGGAGCUGAUUGCUCAAAAACAACAAGCGGAACAGAUGGAGGAAAACAUCAGUUCUCAUCGCAGUGAUUUGAGCACCAGUCAGUCAGUAGAAGACUACAUGUGCCCUGUGGAAGAGGACGGAGAUUCAGAAAAUGAUGUGGAUGCUCAUCAGUGUGUCAGUCAAGCCAGGUGGAACUUUUCCAGUGGAGCACAGAUGAAUGAUGUGGGUAAACAUCACAUCACCACCAGUAAUGCUGCAUCAACUUUGAAUGGAAACACAUCUAUGAGGCCACAAAGUCAGCCAGAUGAAAACCAGUUGGCAGGUGAUGAUGAAGAGAAACAUGUUCCAAGAAAUUUGCUAAAUGGUUGUAUCAUAGACCAAGAAGGGGACCCAGAGCUCAAAUUGUGGAAAUUUCGUACCAACCGUGUGAGACAAAUGCUCCCAUUCAUAAAAGUGAGGUCCUAUCACAUGUUCAAUAUUAACUUUGUCCCUGUCUGUGGUCCAAAGCAUUGGUCCGAAUCAGAGAUCCUGCUGCACCCCAGCCCUGCAUGUUUUCCAUGUCUCCCUGCUUCAACACAGCUGAAUCUGAGGAAGGUGCCAUCAGCAACUCCAUCAGAAAAUCCGGUCACAAGCCACUCUUUACAGUCAGCCAUAAUGAAGCAGGGAGACACUGAAAACAUGCAGAACUGUGGCCCUCCAGUAUCUGAGUUUGAGACAGUAGCCCUAGAAUUUGAUGUUGGCUUUCAGCCGACAAGAAAAUUGAGUCCUGACCAUUUGACUAACUAUGCUCUUUUUUCCAUUGCUGUGUUUGCCCUUGAGAUGAAUGCAUCCCAAGAAGAAUUCAUGAUGGAGAUUCUUCAUAACAACUUUGACUUAUGCCUAAAGAGCAGAGACAUUGAGAAAUCCUUUGCAAGUGAAGUCAUGAAACAAGUAAGAGAGCUUGUUAACUGUGGGGAAGCAGCUAAAGACUUAAAAGAGGUGUUUCGACUUCCAGGGUUUGUGUCAUUCAGUGAUUUGAACCAUCAGACCAGCAGCAGUAUUGAAUCUGAACCACAAACCACAUCAAGCACAGAAGAAUGUGAUGUUUCUCUGAUGGCUGCUCCAAGUCUGUCUGCUGAAAAUGAACUGAGCACAGCGACUGAAACUUCCCCGAACAAUGUUGAUCUUUACCCGUUCUGUAACGACAUUGGUUUGAAGCUCACUGUAUGUGGCUGUCAACCAAACCAAAAACUUGAUGUCAACAAAUUGACCAAAGGAGCAAUGAUUGAAGUUUUGACUUUUGCAGAAAAAUUGUGUGGAAGCUACAAGCAGAUUUGUGUUGAUGUCCUGAGGCACAACUUUGAUCUGGAUUUGCAAGAUGCAGAUUCAGAUCUGGCGAGAAAAGUUCUUGAGCAGGUUCCUCUUGUGAUUGCGCAAAGAAAUCUUGAGCACAAUUUCCAAAAAAUAACAUCCCGAAGAAAAUUUAACCCAAUUGACAUAAACUGCCAGAACAGUCCAAGUUCAGAAUCAUGCAGUACUGGCCCCAUCAAAGCAAAUAUUGACCACAGUAUGAUCAUCCACUGUGACAUUAAAGUACAAAAUGACCCAGAUUUACUGCUGUGGAGACUACGAGCAAAUCGUAUUCAGGAGAUACUCUCUGUGCCUCAUGGAGAACAAUGCCCAUUUUACCCAUACAAGAGAUGUGUGAAAUUAGGCAUCGACUUUAAUGUAGGAUCUGGACUGAAACGUAAUCUUGAUCCAAAGCUGUUGACCAAUGGUAUCAUGAGUGAACUUUGUACUUUCUCUGGGGCACUGCUGUCAUCUGUAAGGCAUUUUGUCACAGAAAUAUGGGAGUACAAUUUUCAUCUGGAAUUAAAGGGUGAGCUGUAUCGCACUGCCUUCACCCUUGUAUAUAUGAAAUCACUUAGAAAGGCUAUUGCAUCCCCAAAUGUUGCCCUGACAACGCUCUGCAAGUUCCCUGAGAACAUAAAAGAAGUAACGCCAUAUUGCCGCAAGUGUUACCAAGAUCGACAAAACAAUCCUGCUCAAGCUGCCUGCUCGGAACGAAAACCAUACCAGGCUCCAGUCGCUACUUUCCCAGCCACUGAGAUUCUGACGAAGCACUCCCGUUCCUGUGAGGCUGUAGGAUUAAGUCUGUGUGUGGACAGAAAUUAUCCAAGAGACAAACUGGACAAGCAAGUGCUGACUAAGGCAGUUCAGAAGGAGAUUGAGGUAUUUGCCAAAAGACUGUGUGGAACAAAACCGAAAAUUAUUGGUGACAUACUUGAACACAACUUCAAAUUGGACAUGCCUGAUCAAGUUCAAACUCUGACACGUCAGUUUUCCAAAAGAAUAAGACCAGAUGCUGGAGAACCCACGUGGUUUGAUGAAGUGGUCCACUUGGAGGAACUUCGUCCUCAAGACAAUUACCAAAAGAAAGAAGUGUCUGUUGAUCAGCGAAAUGAAAGGAAGGAAACCCUCAGAAGAAGACAACUGGAUUUGCAAGCACAGAAGGAACAGAGGGAAGAUCCAGUUGUAAAAACACCAUAUCAGAGGACAAAUGAAAGCAUGCCUCACAUGUAUACCUGGUCCAAUGUUCCCUACGAAUACGUCAAAGAGGAAAUGGAUGAUCCACCGAGGUAUCUAACAGAAAUAAACUCUGAAGAAAAUUGCCCUUCUUGGGAUGAUGCCAGUGGAUAUUUGGAAAAUAAAUGCGAUGAAGAUUUAGCCACAGUUAAGCCUGAAGAGUUCAGUGGAAAUAUAAACUUGACAGAAUAUCCUUCUGGAGAAGUUGAUGUCAAAGAAGAGCCACAAAUGGAAGGUGUCCAGGAUCAUGCCCUGCCUGCACCACAAGUGUCUGACACACAUCAGAAUAUGUCAUUUUACCAUUUGGACCAGUGCAUGAUCGAAACAGUACCCAGCACUAACACUGUGCAGUGUGAACCUCUGCAAUACUCUGUGGUGAUAAUCAAAGAGGAGAAGCAAGAGCAUGUGCCAGAUGAAUGAUAUCAUUGUGAGUCAAUGCAACACCAAGUCGACAUCAAGUGUUCAUGUAUUCAGCAGGUAUGAAAAUGUGUAAGCAGCAAAGUCAAAUGCCUGGAAUGUCUUUAAUCUUUGUAAGAUUUUGUGUGAUUGAGAAUAACAUGUUGACUGCUCAGUUUCAGUUAUUUGUCUUGAGUUUGUGAUAGUUAAAGCAGAACUAUGAAUUUUUUUUACCUCAAAUGUCUUUCGGAAUCCCUGUGGGGGUAAACAAAGACGUGACACGGUGAUUCGCCGGUCUCUCCACUCCCCCUGGGGUCUGUGUCCUGAAAACAGAACUUGCAACUUUUAGAGGAGUGGACCUGACUACAUCUUGCGAGAACAAACCUGCUUUUCGGCACUCAUGCGGGAGUACAAGUAUAAAAGCGUGUAAAACAAACAUGAAACCCUCACUAGCGUUAGCAACGCCACCCUUAGGUGCUCAUG